GCUCAGCUAAUCUCGGGGCGGGCAGGCCGUGGGGGCCGGGCCGACUGGUUGAAUACUAGGUCCUUAUAUCGUCGGUCUGGGGGCCAUACUCCGGCCUGAGACUCCUGGAACAGCACGUACUGACAGCCCUUGGGCAGCUGCUCCCUCAGCAGGUUUUUGAAACAUGAAUCCUUCAAUCACCCUGAAUCUCCUUUGCCUGGGAAUAGCCUCAGCUGCUCCAAAAGCUGAUCACAGUUUAGAUGGACAAUGGAACCAGUGGAUGGCAACACAUGGGAAACUAUAUAAUGAGAAUGAAGAAGGAUGGAGGAGAGCAGUGUGGGAGAAGAAUAUGAAAAUGAUUGAACUGCACAAUCAGGAAUACAGCCAAGGGAAACAAAGCUUCACCAUGGCAAUGAAUGCCUUUGGUGACAUGACCAGUGAAGAAUUCAGGCAGGUGAUGAAUGGCCUUCAAUACCAGAAGCACAGGAAGGGGAAAGUAUUCCGAGAACCUCCCUUGGCUGAGAUCCCCCCUUCUGUGGAUUGGAGAGAGAAGGGCUAUGUAACUCCUGUGAAGGAUCAGGGUCAGUGUGGUUCUUGUUGGGCUUUUAGUGCAACUGGUGCCCUUGAAGGACAGAUGUUCCGGAAAACUGGCAAACUUGUUUCGCUGAGUGAGCAGAACCUGGUGGACUGCUCUCGGUCUCAAGGCAAUGAGGGCUGCGAUGGUGGCCUAAUGGACAAUGCCUUCCAGUAUGUCAAGGAAAACAGAGGCCUGGACUCAGAGGAAUCCUACCCAUAUCAUGCAAAGGAUGAAUCCUGCAAAUACAAGCCUGAGUUUUCUGCUGCGAAUGACACUGGUUUCGUGGACAUCCAUAAGCGGGAGAAGGCCCUUAUGAAGGCAGUGGCAAGUGUGGGACCCAUCUCUGUUGGUAUAGAUGCAAGCUAUAGCUCCUUCCAGUUUUAUAAAAAAGGCAUUUAUUAUGAACCAAAAUGCAGCAGUGAAGACCUGGAUCAUGGAGUACUGGUGGUUGGCUACGGCUUUGAAGGAGCAGAACUGGAUAACAAUAAAUAUUGGAUUGUCAAGAACAGCUGGGGUACAGAAUGGGGCAUGGAUGGCUACAUAAAGAUGGCCAAAGACCGGAAAAACAACUGUGGAAUUGCCACCGCCGCCAGCUAUCCUGUUGUGUGAGAUGAUGUUGAUCAAGAGAGAUGUGAUUAAGAACAGAAUAUCCAGAGGAGGAAUUCGAUUUGAAAACUGACCACAUCUUAUUGUGUGGGAUAAAACACUUGAAUCAGUAAAGAUCAAAGUGAUGAUUUGAAUUAUGUGACAUUUUACACUGGUAAAAUGCUACCAAUUCUUUAAUUAUUGUGUGAUUGGCUUGCCUAAGAACUUUUUUAUUAUGUUUGAAAAGAAUGCAUAAAGUUUUACCUUUUAAAAAUAAAACUU